AAGUGUGGUUUCGUGAACGAAUUCUAAUCUUUCCCCGUGAACUGUACGUGACCUCGUAUUUGCGCGGGGCCCAAUUACACUCCGCGUCUAGCGUAUGCUAGCGCUGUGCGUGCGAACUAAUUGUAUGUUUGCAUUGUACUGUGUGCCUAGAUAAUGGAAGAUAACCACGCGGUCGAGAUAUCGAUUCCCCUGAUGCACAAUGGGGCGAAUUUGGUCUUCCAAAACAUCACCUAUCUGAUCCAGCAGCGAAAGGAGGAGAAACAGCUGCUGAAGAACAUCUCGGGAAUAUUCAGAGCCGGGCGUCUUACGGCCAUUCUCGGUCCAUCCGGUGCCGGCAAAUCGACACUGCUGAAUGUGCUCAGUGGGUUCAAAACACAGGGCGUGAGUGGUAACAUAGUGAUCAACAACGAAGUUAUCGAUCGGCAACGCUACCGGCAGCUGGUGGCCUACACGGCUCAGGAUGUGGCCCUGCUGCCCAACAUAACGCUGCGCGAGAGCUUACGCUAUGCGGCGGAUUUGAAGCUAUCGAAGACCAUUACGCAGCAGCAGAAGGGCAAGAUCGUGGCCGAUGUGAUUGCGGUGCUGGGGCUGGAGAAAUGUGCCCUCACGCAGGCGCAGCUGCUUUCCGGGGGCGAGAAGAAGCGCCUUUCGAUCGGGCUAGAGCUCGUCUCCAAUCCACAGAUCAUGUUCUUCGACGAACCUACAAGUGGACUAGACAGUGUGGCGUCUUUGCAGGUGAUCUCUUACCUGCAGGACUUGGCCCGCCAGGGACGGUGCGUGGUCAGUGUCAUCCAUCAACCGAGUUCGGAGCUACUCGAGCUGUUCGACGAUAUCUACGUAGUUGUUGAUGGCCGCUGCAUGUACCAGGGAUCGUUAGACGAUCUAAUACCGACAUGUGCGGAGGCCGGCUUCCAGUGUCCUCCCUACUACAACCGGGCGGAUUUUGUGCUAAAAAUCGCGUCCAAGUCCAACCACUGCAAUGCGGACUUUGAAAAGCUAAUGACAAAAUCGGAAAAAUCCGUUAACGCAACGAUGAGCAUCGGAGUGCAGGAGUUCGGUUCCACGGAGUUUCUGGCCGAUGGACGUGGCCCGCAGUAUCCGAUCGGGUGGUGGAAGCAGUUUAGCAUCCUGACGCGACGCACCUCGCUGGGUACGAUACGCAACCCGGCGCUGAUGGGACUUCGAUUGUUCGGCCACAUACUGUUCGGACUCACGAUCGGGUUCGUGUUUCUGAACAUUGGCGACGAUGCGUCGAAGGUGCUGUCGAACAUUUCGCUGCUGAUUGCCUUCCUGAUGUUUAUCAUCUUUGCCAAUGCAAUGACCGUGAUCCUGACGUUUCCACUGGAGAUGGCCGUGUUCGUGCGGGAGCACAAGAGCAAUUACUAUCCCGUUUCGGCGUACUACUUCUCGAAGCUUGUGGCCGACUUCCCGUGGAUGAUAACGGGUGUGACGGCGUUCCAGCUAAUCAUGUACUACCUGAGUGGGCAGCUCAACGAAACCGAUCGUAUCGUGAUGUUCUGGGGCAUCUGCGUGUUGUUUGGCUGGUUGUCGCAGGUGUACGGCCUAAUCGCGGGUUGUCUGUUCUCGAUCGACGUGAGCCCGUUCAUUGUGCCUGCCUCGAUCAUACCAGCGUUGCUGUUCUCUGGGUUUUUCAUUCGCUACAACGAGCUGAUGGAUUGCUUCAAACCGCUUACGCUGAUCAGCUACUUUCGCUACGGGUUCGAGGGGCUGGUGCAAGCUACGUACGGCCACAACCGGACGGAGCUGGGCUGUGAAGAGAUCUUCUGUUACUACCGGAAGACGAGCAAAAUACUGGAAGCACUGCACAUGGAACCGGACCGAUACUGGACCGAUGUGGUUGGGCUGUCCGUCUGGAUUGUCUUCCUGCACAUUGUCUUGUACUUCAGCCUAAGGUUGAGACUACGGAUGAACCGUUGAACGGGAUGCGAAAGCUAGCGUUACUCGAAUAUAAAUCCCAUCGAAGAGUGUUCCGGCAAGC